AAGACAUGGCUGGCAACUUGAGCUACAAAGUCUGAGAAAAAGCUUUAACUACGAACUGAAAGCACCGUCUCAUUUCCUAGAAGUGAAUGCAGAAGAGCAGCAAUGAACUGGGGAGUAUAUGAAGCUCUGCUGACAGGUGUUAAUAAAUUCUCCACCGAAUUUGGUCGUGUUUGGCUGUCUAUCGUUUUUAUUUUUAGAAUCCUUGUAUACGCAGUGACAGCAAGUCGGGUAUGGGGAGAUGACCAAAAAGACUUUGACUGCAACACUCGACAGCCUGGAUGUGAAAAUGUCUGCUAUGACCAAUAUUUCCCUGUCUCACACAUCCGUCUGUGGGCUUUGCAGCUCAUCUUGGUCACAUGCCCUUCUCUUCUUGUUGUAAUGCACGUGGCAUACAGAGAAAAUAGAGAAAAGAAGCGGAGAGAGAAGAUGGGGGAGAACUGUGGCAGGCUAUACGAAGACAUUGGGAAAAAAAGAGGUGGCCUUUGGUGGACCUAUCUCAUCAGCCUUCUUGUUAAAGCCAUUGUGGACUCGGUUUUCAUUUACGUGUUUUUUCACCUCUAUGAAACUUUCCUCCUUCCACGAGUAGUAAAAUGCACUCUUCCUCCAUGUCCCAACAUUGUGGACUGCUUUAUAUCCCGGCCAUCUGAGAAAAACAUCUUCAUUUUUUUUACAAUCAUAAGUUCCGCUGUCUGCGUUCUUCUCUGCCUCGUAGAAGCUACAUAUCUUGUGGGAAAGAAGUGUAAGGAGAAAAUGCUUUCUAAAGAUCAGAGAAUUGAAUCAAAAAGGGACGUUGACGCCUGCGACAACAGUCAACGCAAACUGUCCAAAUGUGAGAGAACAAUUCUAAUUUCGGGACAUAGUGACAUCAUAACUACUGAAGUUGAGAUAAACAGAACCAGUCCGGAAAUAACUGCUACUAAGUCAGUGCAGGAAGAAAGUUCUUAG